UUCACUCUGAUUUCUACACACACACACACACAGAUGCACACACACAAACACAGAGGCAUGAUAUGGUCUGGGGCACUCAGCUGUGCAGUUUCUAUUAGAGGGGUCGAGGAGCAAUUGUCAAGACAUGGACUUUAGCCAAGAGAGACACUGAAAACGGCUUGACUGCUUUUGGACUGGAUGCCUAAUCACUCAAAGCCGACCUUGGAAAACUGAAAGGAGGGAAGUGAAAUUGUGUGACGCAAGGGUACAUCCAGUUCCAUAAUGGCAAUCCCAAAUGACCUCUCCCUUUUCAACUCCACCUCCUCCCUUUAUUCAGCAACAAAGACUGAACCUAACACCUCUCUGGCCCCCUCUGCUCCCCACUGCCCGGACUGGCCUCCCAUACCCAUGACCAUAGUUAUCCCCGCCAUCUACAGCGUUAUCUGCGUGCUGGGAACCAUAGCCAACGCCCUGGCAGUGUGCGUGUUGGCCCAUGCCAGCGCCUCAAGGAGAACUGUUGCUAACACUUUCAUGCUGAACCUGUGUGUAUCCGACCUGCUGUUCCUGCUGUCUCUCCCGCUGUGGGCUGUCUACUACUCCCAGGGCUACAGCUGGCCCUUUGGCUGGGUUGCCUGCAAAGUCUGCGGAGCUCUCCACAAUCUCAACCUCUACGCGUCCAUCUUCUUCAUCACAUGCAUGAGCAUAGACCGCUACCUGGCCAUUGUGCAUCCGCUCCGCUCCCAGAGUGCACGAGACCCCAAGCGUGCCCGGCUUACAUGCAUCCUGGUGUGGGUGCUGGCAUGUGCUUGCUCGGCCCCCAUCUUUUACCUGAGGAACACUUACCACCUGGAGAGGCUUGGCGUGGAGGCCUGUGUGAUUGACUAUCCUGAUGAUACCUGGUAUAUGACCCUGGUCUGGAUGAAGAUGUGUCUGGCCUUUCUGCUGCCACUGCUUGUCAUCUCUUGUUGCUACUGUGCUAUAGGUAGACAUUUGUUGGCUGAUACAGGGCUGGUAAGAAUGCAGAAUGUGUCACACCCCAACAUGCCCUCUUUUAAAUCACUGGAGUCCAGGGACGGCUGCAGUAGACCAGACAGACCCCCGACUCCCUGCGUGAGCCCCAGCUUCAGCGCGAGCAGACCCCUGGAGGGCAGGGGGCUGGAGCGGGUGUUGUGGACAGUAGCUGCUGUGGUCGUGGCCUUUUUCCUCUGCUGGUUCCCCUUCCACUGCGUGACCUUCUUGGAUGUGCUGAUGAGUGAUGGCUGGUUGGAUGGCUGCGGGAUAGACUGGACAAUCCACAACCUCACCCCUCUGACCCUCUGCUUGGGCUUCUCUAACUCUGCCAUCAACCCCGUGCUAUACUGCUUCAUCGGGAACCAUUUCCGAGGCCGUCUCGGGGGGCUCUGCAAGGGCCUGUGUGUUCGUAUGAAGGUCCGUGGCGAUGAUCACAGCCAGAAGAGGGGCUCCUUUAGCACCAGGCUAAGCUCCUUCUCCCGAAAACUCAGUGACCUGAAAGACCUGGCGAUUGUGGAGCCCUCAGGUUCUGCUUAGCAAGUCCCCAGAAGGGAGACUUUCCCCUCACUCACUUGGUCUCACACCCCAAAGAGUGAUGCCAGUGUCAAGUGACUGCCAAACCUCCAAUAAGCAUGAAUGUGUGAGACGGAGCUGUUACUAUAACUGACUGAGUCAAAGUCCAGCAGAGCUCCAUUCUGCCCUACAAAGACAGGAAAAAAAGGACCUAAAGAAAACAUGAAGCUGAGGGGAAAAAGGUUUAAAGGAACAGUUCGCCCUAAAAACACAUAUAUUUCCUGUUACCUGUGGUGCUUUUUAUCAAUCUAGAUUGUUUUGGUGUGAGUUUCUGAUGUUGGAGAUAUAGGACGUUGAGAUGUCUGCUUUUUCUCCAAUAUAAUGGAACUAAAUGGCACUCAGUUUGUGGUGCUCCAAAUGCCAAAACAAACAAACAACUGCUUUUGAAAAACUCAACAGCAAAGUUUCUUUCCAGAAAUCAUGACCAGGUUACUCAAGAUAAUCCACAGACCUUGUUGUGAACAGUUUCAUGUAGAAAAUAUUUUCUUUCUACUGAACUACACCCAUAUCAUGGCACAGAAGGAAGCGUGUACUCCAUUCAUGGACAAGAAGCUUGUGCUCAUGACUGCACGGUGAUAGGGUUGGUGGGUGUAGUUAGGUAGACAGGAAAUAGUUCCAACAUGAAGCUGUUCACAACAAGGUCUGUGGUUUAUUUUGAGUAACCAGGUCACAAUUUCUGGAAAGAGACAUUGCUGUUGAGUUUUUCAUAUAUACUAUUUUGGUGCUUUGAGCACCACAAGCUGAGUGCUAACUAGUUUCAUUAUAUUGGACAAAACCUAGACAUCUCUACUGAUGAUAUCUCCAACACUCAGCAACUCACACACAUAAAAAAAUCUAGACUGAUAAAUAGCACUACAGGUAAGAGGAAAUAUAUGUAUUUUCAAUUCUGUAGUGAACUGUUUUUAAACAGUUAAAAACACUUUUUUGUUUUUUUAAGUUUUGCAGCUAGUUUGCCAAACCAUGUAACAGAUAAUUUAUACACUUCACGCCUUUAAAGCUGCAGCAGUCAGCUGUUUUUAGUGAAAUAGCUUUAAAGAAUGUACUGCAAACAACCUGCACAGCAGACAGAAACAGUUGGUGACUAGCUGGUGAACACAGCGCAACAUUUAGCAGCUAAGGAGCCUCAUAUUUUCCACAGGAGUUGGUGGAGACCAAAAACGGAGUGUGAAUAUUGGACUUACAAAUUUUUACAAGUUCUCCGUAUAAACUUUAAAGAUAAAUGAUAUGUUGGUUUUUAUGUUCACAAAGUUCUCCCAUGUCAGUUACAGCUACUCUGCUAAGCUAGGCUAGUAUUAGUUUAGCAGGACCAAUUUAGCUGCUGUUACUUUAUCAUGGUUGGAAUUAGCUUCUGCCUCAUGUACAUGGGAUCAUAACUUGAUAUUAAGAUGUUUGGUGACCAUAAUAGUUUUUUAUCACAUGAAAACAGGCAUGAAGGAAGAGGUACAUUUAUGUUUACCUCCUGUAAUGCUAGCUGUAGCUAUCUCAACAGCUAGCUUGUUUUUAAGCUUCAUUUUGUAGCUUUGCAAACUGUGAUUUCUCUGAAAUGAUACCAAAGCAUAAUAUUUUAUAUGGUAACACAAUGUUAUUGAGGUUACUCCAUUUUGAAUGCCUAGCUACUGCAUUUUGGCUUUGUACAGGCCAAAACAUUGAAAGACAGAUGUAAAAGGAUAAUUAUUAACCAGUCAUAGCAAUGCUACCACUACUGUUCUUUUUGGGACAAAGAUAUUAUAUGUGUAAUCAUGUAACCUGUAACAUUUUUAUUAUAUUAUUCUGUAAAGACAGAUUAGGAAAAUAAGAAUGACUGCAUUUCUUUGACUGAAUAAGAAAUAAAGUGAACAGUAUUUCC